CAUGUUUGACAGUAAAACGACAUCGUUUCAUAUUUUCUCUGAUUAACAUGUUCGUUCUAAUUAAACCCUCAAUGGACAUUUGCAGAAGGCCAAAUGUAAAACCCCUGUAAAUUCUAGCUGUUUGUUCGAUUACGGUUGCCCUAAAUCUUAUUUCCGAACACUAAUUGCUAUGCGCCACCUGCUCACCGUCGUCCGCCGUCCCCUCCUCCGGCACCGCUUCAUCAUCCAAUGCGCCGAUUACAAGGCCCAGAGGCCCCAGCCACCUCCCGCCCCGCCGUCGCCGCCGAAACCCCCGAAGAAGCCGGUGAGUUUCUCCCUGCACGGGGAGUCCUGGGAAGACGAGUACAACUGGAUGUCGCAGCUGAAUGACAAGGUGGCGAUGCGGCACAUGGACGUGUACAUGGAGCAGGAGGAGAAGUACACUGAGGCUGUGAUGUCCGACACCGACCGCCUCCAGUCCAAGCUCCAAUCGGAGAUUGCCUCCCGCCUCGCCGCCGAACUCGCCACCCCUCCCCUCCGCUGGGGUCCUUGGUUAUACUAUAGGCGAGUUGAAGAAGGCAAGCAAUAUACAGUAUUAUGUCGGAGAUUAGCAAAGUUAAAUGAAGAGUUUAUUUCCAAUAAAUCUCCGUCAUCUGGUUUUGAUUUCACAUCAGGAAAGAAAAUCGAGCAAAAGCUGCUCGAUUACAAUCAAGAAGCUGAAAGAUUUGGAGGUUACGCUUAUGAAGAACUAUCAGAAGUUUCACCUGAUCACCGAUAUCUUGCGUACACUAUGUACGACAAGGAUAAUGAUUACUUCAAAUUAUCUGUUCGAGACUUGAAUUUUGGGUCCCUUUGUAGUAAGCCCCAAGCCGACCGGGUAUCCAAUAUAGCUUGGGCUAAAGAUGGGCAGGCACUACUUUACGUAGUCACAGAUAAUAAAAAGAGGCCCUUUAGGAUCUAUUGUAGCAUGAUUGGUUCAAAUGACGAGGAUGUAUUGAUUUUGGAGGAACCUCAAGAAAAUGUUCAUCUGAGUGUAAGACAUACUAAAGACUUCCAGUAUUUGACCGUAAACGUAUUUUCAACUCAAUCAUCGAAGGUCUAUCUAAUAAAUGCAGCCGAUCCAUUAUCCGGACUGACUCUUGUCUGGGAAUGUGAGCCGAACACACAUUGCAUUGUUGAGCAUCAUCAAGGAUACCUCUACCUGUUUACCGAUGCCGCUAUGCAGGGUCAACCUGUUGAUCACCAUUACCUUUUACGUAGUCCUGUUACUUCUUCGUGUAGUCCAAGGAAUUGGGAGAAUGUUUUUGCUAAUGACCAACUGUUGACUAUUGAAGAUGUUGACUUUUGUCACUCACAUUUGCUACUUACUGUAAAGGACAGAGGGAAAUACGGACUGUACUCUGUUUCUUUACCUCUAAGUAAUGACAAGGUAGGAGCUCAUCUUAAAGAGUUCAAUCUGCAGAAAUUGCCUCUUCCAGAUCAUGUAUCCCAAAUAUUUCCAGGACCAAAUUAUGACUUCAAUUCUUCGACCAUGCGCUUUACAAUAACAUCACCUGUGAUGCCUGAUGCAGUAGUUGACUAUGAUUUACUGAGUGGACAGUGGACUAUUGUCCAACAGCAAAAUCUGCUCUAUGAAAGAACGCGGGUUUUGUAUGGAUCAGCCUCUUCUACAAGCAAUAGUCGGAUACCCAAUAACCUAUCCGAAAAUAGUGCUGCAGACGAAAGCACAUGGAACGAUCUCUCUGAAUACUAUGCCUGUGAAGAAUAUGAGGUCCCUUCGUAUGAUGGGGCUCUGAUUCCUCUCACCAUACUAUAUUCUCGACAUAGGAAAACAAAUGGUGAAAAUCCUGGCUUACUGCAUGGGCAUGGUGCUUAUGGUGAAGUACUCGACAAAAGGUGGCGAAAUGAGAUGAAAAGCCUUCUUGAUCGUGGUUGGGUGAUUGCUUAUGCUGAUGUCAGGGGUGGAGGUGGUGGCGGUAGAAAAUGGCACCAUGAUGGAAGGAGAACGAAGAAACUUAACUCUGUGAAGGAUUACAUAUCUUGUGCUAAGUUUCUUAUCGAAAGAGAGGUUGUGGAAGAAACUAAAUUGGCUGGCUGUGGAUAUAGUGCUGGAGGGUUUUUAGUUGCUUCAGCUAUCAAUUAUUGUCCCGAUUUAUUUCGAGCUGCGGUUUUGAAGGUUCCGUUUUUAGAUCCAACACACACUCUUCUGCUACCUAUUUUACCAUUAACACCCGAUGACUACGAGGAGUUUGGAUACCCUGGAGAUAUAGAAGAUUUUCGGUCUAUACGUGAAUGUUCUCCCUAUGACAAUAUCCAGAAAGACGCACUUUACCCUGCCAUUCUGGUGACAUCAUCUUUUAAUACGAGAUUCGGGGUCUGGGAAGCAGCAAAAUGGGUCGCUCGAGUGAGGGAAUAUUCUAUCUACGAUCCUAGUCGUCCAGUAAUUCUUAAUUUAACAACAGACAUAGUUGAGGAAAACAGAUAUUUGCAAUCCAAGGAGGCAGCGAUGGAAACUGCUUUUCUCAUCAAGAUGGUCGAUUCUUAAACCAUGAAUAAGAAGGUGAAUCAAUUAUACUGCCGUAAUUAGGUAACUUAUUUUCUGAGCUGCUUUUACCAGAUUCAACUUUUUGGAUGAAACCCGAAAAGGGCUCUCGGUUUUUUGAUUGAGAAAAAAGAUAAUAUUAAUAAAAAGGUGUUAUCUUUUGUACGUAAAACGAGCAAUUGCUCAUCUACGAGUAUGUAAAAGGUGAUGGGCAAUCAUAUUUGUUCUCGCUUUACAAUUCAUUAUUCCACAAGUAUUGCCUCUGUAUGUAUAUAUAUAAUGCUUAUUUUCCUGCCAAAACUUAAGAAUUAAUUUGUCAAAUGCACAAACCUUCUUUAUGCUUU